CCAUUUCCUCAUGUGUCAUUCUGCCCUUGGGCCACAAGAUGUCACGGUUGCACUUCCUCAGAGAUGAUUGGCUGUCGACAUGUCACAUGAUCAAAACACUACCUCGGAACAGGAAGUAGCCUGUUGGAGGCUAACACAAGCUAACGACCUUCUAUCCAGAACCUGACUAAGUGCUACGCUCAUGUCAGCUACUUUCUAACGACAAAGUCAUGCCACAGAAAGAUCCCUGUCAACAGCAAGCGUGUGCAAUCCAGAAGUGUUUACAAGCUAACAAAUACAAUGAGAGCAUGUGUGAGGAUGUGAUCAGGGAGAUGCGACGCUGCUGUCAGGCGCAGACUGGAAACUCCAUCUGCUGCUCCGGUUUCAAAGACUCCAAACCUGGGGAGGAGAAAAGCAACACAUAGCUUCCUGUUGGUUGUAUUUGAUGGAAGGAAUGUCAAAAAAGGAAACAUUGCAUCAAUGUUUUAUUAAAUGUAUAGCAUUGUACAGUAUCUAUAUGUAACUGCAGUGGGCUGACUUGAUACAGAGUUUGGAAGAACAUAAAGCAAUACAAAUACA